GGUGUGCUUGUUAUUGAAGCUCAAAGAUUUCAAGCGGCCCUUCUCCUUGGGCCCCCAGCUAAUACAGGUUGUCUCACAACGGCGGAGCACGCCUUGCUGAUUGAACGUGUAUGGCCCAGUGUCAAGGAGGUGAACCGGAGCACGCCAGCGCAUGCUCGGAUUGAAAAGUCGAUGAUCUUGGUUGCCACCUCCCAUCCCUUCAUUCGAGCUGGUAAAGGCACCAUCCAGAGAGCUGCCAGUAUCGCUCAAUAUGCGACUGAAAUCGAUAACCUCUACGCAAGUGCGGAUAUAAUUCUGGGCGUAGACACUGACGGUGGGGAGAUGCCUGAUGCGCUACCAUCGGAUUUUGGAAAUGUUCAAAUGGUUGAGCAAACAAUCCGCAGUACUGUGAGCACCAUCACCAGGUGGUCGGAGGCGGACAUGACGGAUAGCUUCUUUGACCGCGGCAUGGACUCCCUCCAAGCUUUAAGACUUACUCGAGCUAUGCGGAAAUCCCUGGACCAUCCCAGCCUCUCGCUUUUCACAAUAUACCAAAAUCCUACCGCAGCGCAGCUCGCCACGGCGCUCACAACCACUUCAAGCGCUGCGCCUUCUGAUGAACACACCAUCGCGCGACAAUUCUUGGGUACCUACCAGGGGUUAAUUCAACAGAUACCCGAGCGAGGGGUGAUGUCUACAGGCCCCGAAGAGGAACCAAAUAAUAUGGUGAAUAUUCUUUUGACUGGUUCAACGGGUACCCUUGGAACGUCGAUUCUUUACGCACUGCUGGACCGCCCCAAUGUCGGGCACGUAUAUUGUCUGAACCGUGCUACUGAUGGCGGUCUAGAGGCACAGCAUAAACGAUUCGUCGCCGCGGGUCUCGAUACCAUCGUCCUUGGAAGUCAUGUUACUUUCUUGCAGGCAGAUCGUGCCGCUCCUGGACUGGGACUAGAGGCAAGCGCAUAUGACGAGCUCUGUACCCGAGUGGCCUGUCAACUUCAACCUCGCUCUCCUGGCUUUCCGGCCGCAGCUAGUUGGUAUCGUGAACCUUUUCAAAUUUGCAGCGAGUCCCAGCAACCAGGCAAUCCGUACAAUGUUUAUAUCGAGUAUCAGCACUGUAGCAAGUACAAGUGCCGGAGCAGCGAAGGAAAUCAUGUCGGAUAGCAGUUCGCUCGACGGUACCAUUAUGAAUGGGUACGCUCGAAAGAAGGUUUUGGCCGAAAUCCUCUGUGACGCUGCGGCCGAUCAUCUCGGUCUCUCCGUGGACAUCGUACAAAUAGGCCAGGUAGGCGGGUCUACGGCCCGGGACGGUGCGGUAUGGCUGCCAAGUCUCGUCAUUAGUUCCCUCAUGCACCUACACUGUCAUCCUGAGGACCUUGGUCCCAAUUUUUCAGAGAUCGAUUGGGUUCCGUCUGACU